AUUCGGGGUAAGAGAAGGGGGUUGCGGCUUGCACCUUGGCAGAUGGUCUUACCCAGAGUGCAUUGUUUUCAUUUAGCCUCUCAUUUGUCUGUUGUAAUUGGAUCCCAGUGGGGGAGUCCGGAGCUGCUGCCUGCCUGCCUGCCUCCCUGUUCUGGUUUUAUUGUUACUGAGUGACAUCAGGAUUGUUUGUUACAGUAAAGCGUCUUACUGACAAUGUGGAACACAACAGCAGGGGACUUAUAGACACACCUGGAUUUGUCUUGUUUUUCCUAAAAUACGGAAAGAUCUGCAAAGCAUUUAAAAGAACAACAUACUUGUGUGAGGGAUUUGGUGCCCUGAGCUACUUUCAUGCGUCUCCCUGCCUCCGACUCCCAAACCACAAUGAACUGUGAGCAAGACCUUGUCGAAGGGGGGCUGAACGUCACCCUCACUCUGAGGCUCCUCAUGCACGGAAAGGAAGUUGGCAGUAUUAUAGGAAAGAAAGGAGAAACGGUGAAAAGAAUUAGAGAAGAGAGCAGCGCACGCGUCAACAUCUCAGAAGGGUCCUGUCCAGAAAGGAUCAUCACCAUGACAGGCACAAUGGACGCCGUGUUCAGAGCUUUCACCAUGAUCACACUCAAACUGGAGGAGGAUCUCAGCACAUUGGUUUCGAAUGGCGCAGUCACCAGUAAACCUCCAGUGACCCUGCGGCUCGUCAUCCCAGCCAGCCAGUGUGGCUCGCUCAUAGGCAAGGGAGGCUCCAAGAUCAAGGAAAUCAGGGAGAGCACCGGUGCACAAGUUCAGGUAGCAGGAGACCUACUACCCAACUCCACAGAGCGAGGUGUGACGAUAUCUGGUACGCCGGAUGCUAUCAUACUGUGUGUCAAACAGAUCUGCGCAGUCAUUCUUGAGUCUCCGCCUAAAGGUGCCACCAUUCCAUAUCGCCCCAGUCCCUCCCCAGGUUCAGUAAUUAUCUCAGGCAAUCAGGUUCUCAACGAAGCCCAUGAUUUUGGUUUUCACCCAUUCUUUUCCAUGGCUCAAGAAAGUCUGCAGCUGCAACAUCAUGCCUAUUCACUACAGAACCAAUACGGCAUUCCACAUUCAGAGUUGGUCAAGCUCCACCAGCUGUCUAUGCAGCAGGGCACCCUUGCUCCCAUGGGCCAGACGACCGCUGCUGUCCUUCCUGGAAUGGAGGCCACUUCUCAGACAACAUCCCAGGAGCUUCUCAUUCCAAAUGAUCUGAUUGGCUCCAUCAUUGGCCGGCAAGGAAGCAAAAUCAACGAGAUCAGGCAGGUGUCUGGAGCACAAAUCAAAAUCGGCAAUCAGCUGGACGGUACGAGCGAUCGUCACGUGACCAUCACCGGCUCGCCAGUCAGCAUCAACCUGGCACAGUACCUCAUCACCUCAUGUUUAGAGACCGCUAAAUCCACCGCCCAGCCCUCCUCCAUCACGACCCCCGUUGACCUCAACAUGACCUUCACCCAGCCUGCCUCCCCCACCUCCAGCUCGGCUGCAGCGCUAGCGGCAAUGAGCGGCAUGCCCCAUGGGCACAUGCUGGGGACUCCCUACGCCCUUCCCCUGUCCAGCCUCCUGGGAAUGAAAUCCGUCCCCUUCCUCACUUUGUCUGCACCCUCUGCUGCAUCCCACGGGACCUUAGCUUCCUAUACGUCCAAAAUCUCCUCCGCCAACAAUGGGAUCAAGAAGCCAGAGAGGCAGAAGUUCGCCCCCUACUGAAAGACGGAAGGAAGGACGCCCUCUUUUUUAUUUUUUUUUGCAUUUUAGAAAGCUGGAUGUUAGCUAGAACUGUCCGAGUGACUGUAGCCCUUUGUUUGUGCCCAUAUUUAGAGAUGACUUGUAUAGCUUUAAAAGGUGUAACCCCUUUCAGAAGACACUGGAAGACAUACCUGCCAACAUUGCGGCUUUGACUCACAGACUACUCUGCAGAAAUAAAAUUCCUAUUUAUUGAUUUUAAUAUAAAAAUCCCCAUUUACAGUUUGUAAAUUAUACACCAAUAGUUGAUUUUAUGUAUCUAGAUUUGCUUUUAUAAAAUAAUGACGCUUUAAAUGCUUGUAAAUGUUUGUUUGCUGUUUUUUUCUAUAUAUGAACAGUGUAAAUCUGGUCAUUUGAUCAAAAUUAUUAUCAUUUUUUUUGUUUUGUUUUUGUAAAUUAGCUACAAGUGGUUGGGGGCUUAUUGGUGAAAUGCUUUUCAAUUCCCAAAUGUUGGCAGAUAUGCAUUACAAUAAUUGAUGCUCUAUAUAUCAAGUUUUGAUACAAGACAGCUCCACAAAGCACUCUCCAAAAGGCUUUUGGCAGUUCCUAUUAUGCAGCUGUAAAAAUAUGUUAUUCGUAAUGGGGAACCUGUAAUUGAUGCAGAGUUUGUCCUAAAAAAUAAUAAUGAUAUAAAUAUGUACUUAGAGAGUUUUUUUGUUGCCACUUUCCAAGAUAUACAUUAUUGAAACUGGAUUUUAAAUGAUGUGGGUAUGGAAAAAUGAAAUGGGAAGCUUGUUCUGUAUUCCCAUAAAAUCUUGUUCCUAAAUGUUUGUGGCAAAUGGCAUCCACUAAAGAGUGUUGCGACUUUUUUUUAUUAUUCUAAUUAUUAUAGACUGGUUUGCAUGAAUAUGAGACUCGCAGGACAGGCUGUCUAUGCAAAGAUUCUGUUCAGCUGUGGUUCUGAAGUGUUGCUCAUAUCCAGAGAAGAUUACAUGAUGCUCAUUGGGUAGCAGAAUGGGCACUGGCAUUCAAGGUAGAUGCCAGCGCUGUUCCUGCUCUGUGUCUAAAGAGAGUUCAGUCCUCAGUGCUGUCACUCCAGCACCUUUCACAAGAACCGAAUUUAUUACAAAAAAAAUUCAGUAAAAUGUUUGCACUUGAAGUUUUUAUUUUUCAAUGAAGGCCAAAAAUUGUUUUACUAAUGAAUAUCUUUUCUUAUACAGUCUCUUCAUUUUAAACAUUUUGUGAACCAGGUUAUUUUAUUUAUUAUCAUUUUCUUUUGAUCAAUGGCGUUAAAUAAAUGAAUACUGUAUUAACCUGACUCGGUUUCACAAAUGUAUACAAUCCAGGAGACACAAAGCCAUCUUUUUAAUACAAACCACUUCAACUUUUUAGUGACAAACAUAGACCAACAAGAAGAAAUACAAAAAGCAGAAAAAUAUUAAUACUGCAUAUUCAAAGGUGAAAUUUUAAAAAGAAAUCAAACAAUUAAACUGAUAUUGACCUGUGGUUCCCAAACCGUGUUGUGUGAGUAAAUACUAAUUAGUUCCUGAAAAGUUAUGUAAAUGAGUCUGUACUAAUUUGCACACGCCCACACCGUUGAUCUGCUUCACUAAUGAACACAUAACCCCCUCUCAUCACAUAUACCCCUAUACCUUACAAUCCAUCUACUCCUAAUCAAGAAAUCAUUCUGAAGUACUAAUCAAUCACUGCACGUUCUCGUAAUAAUGUUACGUUCAGUAUAGAAAAUACAUGUAUGUUUCUGGUCCCAUGCCUUGCAAAAGGUUGGGAAUCGUUGAUAUAGGACCUUUACAGUUUCUUCAUUGUAUCUGUGUAGUUUCCUUUUAAAUUAACAAUUCUUUGUUGGACUGUAUGUGUUACAGUUCUGCAGCAAUAGAUAAGGCUGUUUGGAGCCUAAUCCAAAGCACACUGACGGUUCAGAUCACGACUUUGGAUCAGGUAACAAACAAUAAAAUCUUUACUUGCCAGGAUACAGAAAGUCAAAUAUGCUAGAAGGAGUGUUCCAGGUAGUCUCUAGAUAAGUCCUUAGUAAAUUCAGAACCUUGCCUGGCUGACACAACAAAUGUAAUAUAGAAACAUCCACCAAAGGCAGUUGUGUUAAAAAAACAAAACUACAAAGAUCCUUUAUGCUCCUAAUAUAACAGCAAUGGAGAGUAUUUCCAUAGGGAUUGUCUUUUUUCCUUUCUUCUUUAGUGGACUGUUGCAUAACCCAUUAACAGUCAGUGCAUUUUUCAUUAAGAAAUCAGAACUGAAACAAUGCAAGUUCCUAGUUUGAUCUUAGAUAUGGGAGGUGAGAUGGGCUGGAUUGUUGUUUGUUUAACAGUGAGCCCAGCUGCUGCGUCACAUGAACGAUCCCGUCAUUACACUGAAAGCCUCCGAGCUUUCAGUGUAAAGGGAAGAUUCACAGCAAGUUUUAAAUACAUUUUUUACAUCUGGCAAAAUACAGCAAAUACCUCAGGGCAGGUCCUGCCAUUCAUUGUUUAAAAAACAACAACAACCGUUUUUAUAUAAAGUGCUUAAGUGAUAGCUGCUGGGUGCAUUGAACAUACAAGGAGAUAAUAGUCUUUCCAGUGAAUAAAAUCCAAGAUAAAGCUAAAGAUGGUAUGCUAGCUCAGGAGACUGUAACCUCCACGUAUAGCUAUUAUAUGACAAGUGAUUUGGUCCUUCCCUGUUUAAAGGUCCUGAAUUUGAAUAAGAAAGUCAGUUAAGUGCCGCUUCUUCUGAGUAUGACUUCAACCAAAUCAGGCAUUUGCAAACAGCCUGCUAUUCUUUGACAUUUUGCUCACUCAAAAUGUACCAUUUUGCUUUGUAACAGGAUAGCUGGGUUUGGAAUUGAAUGACAGAAAUUCCACUUGUGUUUGGCAAAAUCAUAGAUCACAUUUAUCUCUUGCAAAAGUCUUGUUAAAGACAUGGCAAAACAAAUAUGGACCCGUCAGGAAUGCUGUUUCAUAUUCCAGCUGAUUUGUUUAGGAAGAUGGUGAGUAACAUACCCAGAUGGUCCUCAGUCGGUCAUAAAUCAGCAUCUUUGUAAAUUAAAUAUAGGGGGCCAUAUUUGUACUACCCCAACACCCAAGCAAGCCAACAAAAAGCAAUUUCAGCUUCACCCAAAUUAAUUGUCGGGUUUCAUUAGCUAACCGUAUCUGGUCAUUUCGAUCACUGCUGACCUUUCUAGAAAAAAAGACAACAAACAACCCCUAAUAUUUACGGAACGGGGUAGGCUUUACAUAUUAAACUCUCAAGGAUUAAUGGCUUUGGGUGCCUCAUACCUGAGCUAGGCCCUUCUGGGAUUUACACAGCCGUUCUUGUUUCUUGUUUUCAUAUUUCAUGGAGCUCCAGGUCACAAAUAGGCCAUUUUAACCAGUUAGGAGAGCUCUGCAAAGACAGGAGCUUCUCUUACAAUAACAAGUGACAUUGGCCAAUAGGAACCACAAAACAACUCCAAACAUACAGUACUAUUCAUAAAUAUUCAAAGACCUAAAUACUACAUUAAAUAAUUACUUUUUGCUUAUUUCUGUUAUGAAUUACAUUCUCAAAAAUCAUUUCUGAAGACUCCUUUUACAGUAUUUGAUAUGGUCAUGAAAUAAAAAUAACAGAAAAUCAGCAUUGCUCCAGAGUAAGAGUACACGCAAAAGUGCACUGUACUAAAUAAACCAGAACCACUUAUAUUAAAGACAAGCCAAGGAUGUUCUGCUUCAGAAAAGGGUUUCUGUGUGUUAAAAGGAAGCUUUACAAAAGGAAGAUAAGUUUAUAACUGGGAUAAUCAAACUAUUGCAAUAAUCACACUUCAGAACGAGAAGCAGCCUUUAUGGAAUGUACCCUUUUUUCAUUUUUUAAAAGAACAAUUCUAUUUGUAUUCAACAACACUUGUAAAUGUUGUAUAUAAUGCAUGUAUUUGUUUUUACAUAAACAAUGCUAAUAAAUAACUUAAAAUCGUCUAUUA